AUGAAGAACGCUCAUGAUCACUUGAAAGUUCCACAAAUGGAAGAUGUGCAACUUGUGAAGUUCUUGAUGUUUAAUACUACAAAAUUUGUUACAACAGAUGCAAAUAACUUUAAUUAUAUUCGGGCUAUUUCGGAUGUUAUGUUGCACAAAGUUCUUGCGAGCAACAAGAUUAUUUCCAUUUACAAACAGAUACCUAAGCCAGAUGAAGAGAACACGGUUAGUGAUGUUCGUAUUGAUGAUUAUGUUAAUGAUGAUGAUAGUGCGAGAUCAUCAAAUCCCAAAAAUUUGAAGCAACCAUAUACAAAAAGCAUACAAACUCGGACUACGAACCCUGAGUCUUCACAGAUUGCAAAGGUAUUUGUUGUUUCUACGAACACUUCAACUCCGAUACAUGUUCAAACUGAGAAUGUUUUUUUUCUUCAAAAUAUCAUCAAUGAGCCUAUUGUGAAUCUUUCUCAAACUCAAUCACCACCUGUUCCACAUAUUUCUCCACUACCAACAACUUCUCAACCUCAAACCACUACCAUUCAGUAUAACACAACACCAUCAUGUGAUGAUGAUGAUGAUGAGUUCGCAGUCACUGAUGAUGAUGAAGUUGAAGUCAUUAGUUCAUUUCAACCAUUUGUUGAGCUUGUUAUCGCUCCAUCACUUGUGGAUGAUGAGAGUGAUUUGGAUGAUACUUCUGUUGUUUCUCGUAUUACUAAGAAAGAAUAUCAACUUUUGAACAAGAAGUUGAAUGUUCUUGUUCGUAGAGCGGAUUCUUUUUCUCCGACCAAUAUUCAAAACUUGAUGCUUAUUCAUGAGAAUUCAAUGAAGCCAAUUCUUUCGGAGAACGAGAGGUUAUUUGAUGCCCAGGAGAAGUUAAUAAGUGAUUCUUCUGUAAAAGUUAAUGAAGCUCUUUCCAAAGCUGCUGCAACAUUAUCAAAAGUUGAUUAUGUCAUCACAGAGGGUGAAACUUUGAAAGAAUCCAUUAUCUCUGUGAAUUUAAGCCAUCAUCAAACUGUCGUUGGUGCCCUCAACACUCUCGUUGAUCAUUAUUAUACAUAA